UUUGUUACAAAUAGAGACUAGAGAUAUAGUGUGCCAUAUAUCUGCUGAGAGUAAGAAAGAAACUAACCACACAAACCAAUCUUUCAGAGUUGUCACAGCAGUGUACAAGAUGAGUCUCUUUUGGUUUCUAGUUUUCUUUGCACAUCUUGCAAUAGCAUCUUCUCUUGUGGAAAUUGAAGAUAAUGGUUUAAGGCACAAGCAAAGUGGUAUGCAUCUCAAAUUGUAUCAUGUCAAAGCUCUCAACUCCUCUCCGAAUUCCACAUCGGUUUUAUUCACUGACAUGCUCGCGAAAGACGCGGAGCGUGUCAGGUACCUUCACUCAAGAUUAUCCAAUAACUCUGAUACUAUUACUUCUUCCGAUAAUAAAGUUGGAGUACCAAAACCAAAACUUGUCAGCACACCAUUGAAACCAGGUUUGUUAAUUGGUUCAGGCAAUUACUAUGCAAAAAUAGGACUUGGUACCCCUAUAAAGUAUUAUAGCCUGAUUGUAGACACAGGUAGUUCCUUUUCCUGGCUCCAAUGUCAACCUUGUACUAUAUACUGUCAUGCGCAAGUUGAUCCGAUUUUCAAUCCUUCCGCGUCUAAAACCUAUAAAACCUUACCAUGUCCAUCCCCUCAAUGUUCCUCUCUCAAAGCUUCCACACUCAAUGAACCAAGUUGUUCAAAAGUAUCCAAUGCUUGUGUCUACAAAGCAAGCUAUGGUGAUUCAUCUUUCUCGCUCGGUUACUUGAGUCAAGAUGUGUUAGCCUUAACCCCGUCAGAGACACUGCCAAAUUUUGUAUACGGUUGCGGCCAAGAUAAUCAAGGUUUGUUUGGAAGGUCCGCAGGUAUAAUCGGUCUGGCCAAUGACAAAUUAUCCUUGCUUGAGCAAUUGUCUGGAAAAUACGGAAACGCCUUUUCCUAUUGUCUUCCUACAUCUUUCUCGACACCAAACCCUUCCAACAAGGAAGGUUUCUUGUCAAUUGGAACCUCAUCAUUGACACCAUAUUCGUCGUACAAGUUCACUCCUUUACUUAAGAAUCCAAAGGUACCUAGCUUAUAUUUUAUAGAAUUUACAUCAAUCAAUGUAGCAGGAAGGCCUAUAGGAGUUGCAGCAUCAAGUUAUAAGGUUCCUACUAUCAUAGAUUCUGGCACAGUUAUUACUAGGUUACCUGCGCCGGUUUAUAAUGCAUUGAAAAAUGCUUUUGUGGCGAUUUUGUCCAAGAAAUAUGAAAAGGCACCAGGAGUUGCUAUAUUGGAUACUUGUUUUAAGGGCAGUGUUGAAGGAAUAUCAACAGGAGCACCAGAGAUUGCUUUGAUAUUUAAAGGGGGUGCUGGCCUACAACUUAAGGGUCACAAUACCCUUCUUGAACUUGAAAAGGGAGUUACUUGUUUGGCAUUUGCUGGUAAUUCUGAGGGUAAUUCUAUUGCCAUCAUUGGAAAUUAUCAACAACAAACAUAUAAAGUGGCUUAUGAUGUUGCCAAUUCCAAGCUUGGUUUUGCACCUGGUGGUUGCCAGUGAUCAUUGAUCAAAUCAGUUUCAAUUCAUAAAGUUUGUGACAGUUUAUCAAAUACUAUGUUGUAUGGAAAUUUUUAUGUUAGAAUAAAUAUGUAUGUGAUGUAUCUUAAUUGUGCAAACAAUAAAAUGAUGAUUAAAUACUUA